CUAUUUAAACCAAGGAUCCCCAGUAAACACAUUUAUUUGUUGACAUUUAGUUUAAUUAUUUAAAAAGCUGGAAAUAUGAAUAAUUUCAAGAAAACGCCUAUCCAGAACUUCACAAAAGGAUCAGUAGUGACGUCAGAAGAGUGCAAAUAUUGGAAACAACUUGGAAAUCCAGUGUUUAUUAAGGAAUAUGGAUCGAUUAAUUACAUUGAUUUUAGUCCAAUUCAGCCAUUCAACUUUGCAGCAACAUGUUCACUUCGCGUACAGAUCUAUAAUCCACUCACAAAGCUAGUAUUGAAGAAUAUUUCAACAUUUCAAAAGGAAGCAUUUGGUGCUACAUACAGAAAGGAUGGAAGGUUGAUUGUUGCUGGAGAUGAAGAAGGAAAAAUCAGAUUAUUUGAUACAAACACAAAAACCAUGCUCAGAUUAUUUUCUGGACAUAAAGCUCCUGUCCAUAGGACAUAUUUCAUGUCGGAUCUACAUCAUAUAGCCAGCUUCUCUGAUGAUAAGACAGUCAAGUUGUGGGAUGUUGCUACUGAAAAGUUUACAACAACAUUUAGAGGACAUACUGAUUAUGUUCGUGCUGGAGCAACAAAUCCUAUUAGUCCACAUACAAUUUUAAGUGGUGGAUAUGAUCAUUUCGUGAAGAUGUACGAUACAAGAUCUCAUAGUUGUGUCUUGUCUGUAAAUCAUGGAAGUCCAGUUGAAUCAGUCUUGUUCAUUCCAUCUGGUGGCAUAUUCAUCAGUGCUGGUGGAACUGACAUCAAGUUUUGGGAUGCUGUAAAUGGAGGACGUCAUUUAGGCAACAUUUCACAGCACACAAAAACUGUGACUUGUCUUACAAUGUCAGCUGAUGGACGGCAUUUAAUAUCAGGCAGUUUGGAUCGUCAUGUCAAAUUCUUUAAUACAGCAAAUUAUCAAAUGAUUCACAAUCUUAAUUACACAAAUUCAGUCCUAAGUGUUGGAGUCUCUAGAGAUGGAAAUACACUAGCUGUUGGUCAAGUGGAUGGAACAUUGGCAAUUCAUAGACGUGAAGAAAAGUUUGAGGAACAAAAAGCAGAUCAGAAACGUGAAAAAAAACGAAAGCGGAGAAAUCUUAUGGUCGAUGAAUUUAUUCCAAAGCCUGAAAAGAAGGAAUCAAAAAGCUAUGACAACAGUUUAAGGGCUUUCGAGUAUGCAAAGGCUUUAGAUCAAGUCAUGAGCCGAUAUUGUGUAAAUAGAACACCAGAAGUGACUGUUGCUAUUAUUCAGGAAUUAAUUAGACGUAAUGGACUCAAGCAGGCACUUGUCAAUAGACAGCAAGAUUCAUUAGCCAAAAUCAUCACAUUCUUCAAUAGAUACAUUGGUGAUGGCAGAUUCACAAGAAUUCUCAUAGAUGCUAUAGAUAUAUUCCUUAAUGUCUAUGAGCCACAAUUCACAACACUAUCACCAAACAUCCAGCGACUUAUUGUGGAACUAAAUCGACGAAUUAAGGUCGAAGAGGAGAUGACAUUAGAGUUCUUAAAGUUAAGUGGAUCCCUAGAUAUGAUAAUUAAUGCUGCUGAAAUAGCUUAUGAAAAUCAAACAGAUUUGGUUGACUUAACAGCCACAAAAUUACAGCCAACAGAAAAUGCAAUGAAUGCCACUGUCAUUAAAAUUUAAAUGCUUUUAUAUGGAAUAAAUGCUUAAUUAUAAAUAUUUUAUUUGUUCAGAUUAUCUAAUUCGCUUUGAAUAGCUUCCAUCUUGUCAAACAGUUUACUAAGUUCUGAAUGGUUUAGGUCCUCAAAUGUAAUUUCCUGUGCUUCUGAUUUUAGUCUUAUUGUAGCUUUUGGGAUCUUGCAUUUUUGAUUCAGUGCAUCUGAUAAUGUCGUUUUUAUAUCCCAAUAUACUUCCUCAUCUGUUGAACCAGUGCUGCUCAUAUCUAAGUUUGUUAUCAUGGCACGAGAAGCUUCAGAAUAGAACUGAAUCAAUAUAUGUGCCUUUUCUUGUGAGAAUCCUAGAUCAUUUAAAUCACUCUGUAACUUAAUUGGCGAUAGAAUGAAAAGAUUGAAUCUCUGGACGAGAUAAAAUAUAGUCUUAAGGAUCAAAUCUCGUUCCUCUUUUAUUACUUCUGGAUUUUUAAUUUCAAGAUCCAGAAUGGCUGAUAAAUCAUCAGAAUCUUUUGUUAUUUCAUUGACUUUCUUUAAUGUCACUUCGAAUUCUUUAUCUGACAGCUUGAGGCACUUGCUGAUUCCAUCGAGGAACCGCUUCUUUUUGUGAUACCACAUUAUUUCAGUUAAUUAAAGUGAUUUUUCUUCAGAUAAGAAUAUUUUUGAGAAUUUGAUGGAUUUGUGGAAUGGAUUAGUACAAUUUGGCAGAUUUGAGGUGAUUCUUUGAAGCUACUGCAAAAUUAGAUUCGUUUGAUAGCAAAAUAAUGCAGGAAAUCAAAAUAAUUAAUUUGUUUUUUUUUCUGUUUACGUUUUGAGGAUUUUAUCCUCUCAGUAUAUGC